AUGAGCCAAACGACUAUUUACAAAAUCACUCAAAUGCAACAACAAGUUUCCCAACUCGAACAAAAAACCGAAUCACAGACUCAAAUACGUGAUAGUGAUGAGAUCAACAGUGAAGUUCUUGAAGCAGCUCAACAAGCAAGAGAAGGCGGUAUUGCCAACUCUCUUAAUCCAAACUUGAUGGGCUUUUGGGACAUUCCUAGAGCACUUGAGGAAGCAACAAAAGCAUUCGGCUCUCAUGGAAAACAUAGAUAUGUUACGCCACGGUUGCGUUUGCUUGCCCUGGUCAACUUAUUUAAGAAAGAAAGAAAUAUCACUGAUCUUUUAAUUGAUGACAAAGCGAAUGAGAAUGACUAG